AAAUAACUCUUAUUUUCUGCAGAUAAACUGUACCUAAAUACCCAUAUUCUAGCGAUCCUUGUGUUUUAUUAGAGACAAUACUCUCUCCUUGGUAUUCAUUAUUGACAUAGUUUCAUAAUAGAUAGCUUAAGUAAACUAGUAUUACAGAAAAGUAUUUAAUAUAAUAUAAACUUUACUUACCAAGAAUACAGUUCAAAUUUCUAUAAAAAUUGUGUCGUGAUACCUCCUAGGGUCAUCCUUUGAAUAUAGCAUGGCGUGUUUGAGUUUUUUUCCUCCGAUUGUUCUUUUGCCUCAAUCGAGUUUAUUUAAAGGGGUCUUUCGAUUUUUUUUUUCAUUAUUUCUCAAUACCUUGUGCAAUAUGGCAGGCUUUAAGAUCCUGAUUUUAUUCGUCGUUUUUCAAAUCGUUAACUCCAAGCCAUUUAAAGAAAUUCAUAUGAAAAAAGAUUUUGAGUUCUCCAUCAAACCUCCAGUAUUGCCGAUCAAGCCAUUCAAAUUUAUUAAACAUAAGUGGUUGCAUUUAGGUCACGGUAUAGUAAAAAGGAGUCCUUUCGAGUUGAUACCAAAUCCAGAAGGAAAUAUUAACAAUCCGGAUUCACUACUAAAAUUAUCUUUAGAAAAGGAAUUUGGGAUUGGAACUCCUUUGCCGCCGCCUCCGCCGCCACCCCCUGAAGGUAUACCACCAGCACCACUGUUUAUACCAGAAGCACCGGGAAUUUCAAGUCCUGCUCCGGCAAGCGUACCACCUCCAGUUACAGGGUCAACUAUACUUGUAAGUGAGGAGUAUCUUUCAAGAUUGCCAGAAGAGGGCGCGGAAAUAAUAGUAAUAACUCCCGUUCCUCCUCCACCACCGCCACCUGUGGUAAGCAUGCCAGCAGUUGUGCCAUCUCCACCACCUCUGCCGCCUCCGAUCCCUGAACCAAUACCUGGACCUCCCCCGCCACUCCCGCCAGUGCCACCAGAAGUCCCCAAAGAUUUAAUUCAAGGCAAUUUACUGACGGAUAUAGGCAGAGUAGAAGAAAUAAAUGCAUACCUUAAAGCGGUAGAAGGUCUUGGUAUAUCUCCACCUCCAGGUCUCAUAAUGUCCUCUCCAGCAGGUCCUCCGCCACCACCUCCUUUAGAGGCCGUAUUACCUGUACUUAAUAGCAAUAGCAUAGAGGUUGAGGUCCCUAAGCCCCCACCGCCGCCGCCUGCAGAAAAAACGAGCCCUCUAGUGAAAGGAUCUCGACUUGCGCUCUAUUUUGGGAAUAUUUUCUUACAAGUGAUGUCGGAAGUCCUAUCAAGUGCUAGAUCAGCUCUUAGCCAAUAUUCUCCGCCGGCACCCAUUUAAUAUAAUGAUACAAUAAAAACACUUGUAUAAUUUUAACUUUUUAAUUUAUUUUUAACAAAAUACUUAAAAUAAUAUAAUAUGUUACUAUCACAA